CUCUCUCUACCCUACACUCCCACUCGUUCCCCCGCUCCUCUCCACUCACCGCCGCUCCCCACUCCCCACUCCCGACCCUACCCUACGCUCCCCUCCGCUCUUCCCUCUCUCUCUUUUCUUAAACCAAACGAAACCCUAUAAAUCUGGUGUGAAUUGAAUCUUAAGGGAGAUUCAUGGAGUAUUUUUGAGAGGAAUCAUUCAGUGUUUGGAGAGACCCACCUAUCUUCUACACUUGAUUUUUCCUUUUCCGGUGAACUUUAGCCGCGACAAAGGGUUUCCAACAAAAUUCAAUUUGAUUUCUUUGGCUUUAAAACUUUCUUCUGCGGAUUUGUUGAGUUUAGAACUCAAAAAGAUUCGGGUCUAUUCGUUCGAGUUCGGGUAGAUUCGAGACCCCGACGACUUCCGUUCACUGCACCCACAAAAGGGUUCGGUUUAAUGGCCUUCAGAGGGCGGGGUCGGGGGCGUGGUAGAUAUGGCGCUCCACAGGCUAAGCAAGACCCAUUUGAACUUUUCCCUGAAGUUGAGAGCUUGGGUAAUGCAGCAAGUGUCACUGAAAGGAUAAAUUUGGCAAUUUGGCACUCAAAGUUACAGAAGUAUUGGAACUCCUCUCCUUACUAUUUGGGAGAGGAAAGUGAUGUUUUGAAGAAAACGAAAGGAAUGGAUAUACAAAGGUUCUCGGAUAGGACCUCGGAGAGGGCCAAGUCAAAGCCACCAUUGGCGCACUUCAUAAGGAUGGAUCCUGCCUAUGUUCCUGCAGAACUAGCUAAAGGUGGAAGGGGGGAGAAACAUGCUGCAAAAAGAGUGCGUUGGAAUGCAGAGUCAGACAAUAAAAAAUUGGAUCUUCUUGAGAAGCUUGAUCAAAAGUCUAAGGACGAGGGUGAAAAGAAAAAGGAUGGUGAAGACGAGGAGGAAGAACAAGAGGAGAAGAUUGAAGAGGAAGAAGAAGAAUUUAGCGAUGAUGGAGACUACAAUCAGAAUCUUUAUGAUUACGAUGACGACGAAGACGACUACAACAUGAAUGAAGAUAAUAAUGAUGAAGCCAUGUAUUGAAGGUUGCUUGGUGGAAUGGUUUUUGCUUGCCUUUGGAAAUUUUUUACAGAGACGGAAUUCUUUAAUUAAUGUUAUUGGACUUCUAGAAAGCUUAGCUCACACAAAGGCAUUGUAAAUUAACAACAGCUAUUUAAUAGUGGAAAAUCAAGAAAGAAUAUUUUCUUGUUGCGUCUCAGAGAGGUUCGCUUUGGAUUAUUAACAGAUCAACAAACUAGCGAUCUAUGUAUAUGUUUAGGCCGAAAAUGCACCUGGACCUUCAGUUUCGUCCAUGGCCAUGGUUUGCCUAGAUGGUCUUUUUGAUCAUCUUCUUCCCUGUUCUUUAAUGCAGGAACUCCGUUCCUUUUUUGUUUUGUU